AUGGCCUACAACAAUACAUCUCAUGGCAGUUUGCAUGCCCUAUUUGAAGCCUCUUUUCAGAAACUCAACGAUGCUGUGACAAGCGACACCUCCACUGUAUCGCACAAGGCCCACUGCGACCGUGUUGAGAAACACCUACUCAGUGGAUUAUCCAUCAUCGGCGCGGGAGACAAACCCGCUGACGCUGAAUUCAUACAACAUAACCGUCCUCCUGUACAGGCACCCAGUGACGAGUUGACCCAGCGUCAUAUCUUGGUCGGAGGCCGGCACGAAGACCUCUACCAUUUCUUGUCUAUCCCGCAAUACGAGGAACACUUGAAGUAUCUCGGCAACACCGACUUCCACUCAUAUCUCGACAUUUUCGAUGAGCUCAACACAGAGCAAAAACAUUUGGCAGACGGCGGGAGUCGGCAAAUUGUCGUUACCCGGGCUGGCUGCGUUCUCCAAUGGGAGCACUGCCCCUCGUGGAUCAUCAUCGAUGAUCCCAAGAUCGAUACAACUCGUCUCUUGGACUACGGCAUCGUCAUCUUCUCGUGCAACUUCCUCAAGCGCCGAUACCAAGAAAGCCUCGCCUUCGAGUAUUUCUGUCACACGAGAGUGGCGUUGGGGGACUCUGCAGCUAAAAUGAUCCGCAGAGGAAAUGUAGAGCGCCCGAAUGCCGUUCUACAUUCCAACUACCGCAGCCAGGUCAAUCAAAACAUCGCCGUCGUCAUCCUGGACGAGUCCCACUAUUGUCGCAACGACCAGUCGUUAUAUUUCGACGCCGUUAAGUCGUUGAAGUACCACCAUCUCUUCAUGCUUAGUGGUACACCAAUGUUCAACUGUUCCGAAGACAUCAUGCGCCAGUCACGACUCAUGCCAGGUGGCGGCCUGUUCACUAGCAAGGAGCACUACAAGGCACUGUUCUAUUCGGAUGAACAGCAGCAGCAUCCCACGGGGCCUCCGUUGCAAUUAUUUAACCGAUUAUAUCAGGGCCUGAUGGUGGCUUGA